AACUAUCUAGCUGCUAGGUCUGGUGGCAUCAGAUUUGGUUGCAUGCAGCGCAUACGCGUUUGAGACCCGGAACGACAAAGUACGCAUGCGCGACGCUCCUAAAAUUAACAGAUAUACUAAGUUGCCGAGAUUAAAGUAUUAAAACGAGAAGCAACAGUUGCAUGACGCUAUUAUUUAGAGAGACUCAGCAAUAGCAAACGCGAUCAGCACUCGAUCACACGGCGGGGUAUUACACGCGUAAUAAUUUUUGUUAUCAAAAACAAAAUGGGAAAAAUCGUAGCGGGUCUAAAAAAAACAAUAAUGAAUACGUAACUACAAAGACAAAAUUUUCUACGAAAAUUAUUUAAGCAUUUAUUACUAAUUCUCAAUUAAAAACACGAAAACAAUUAUUAUUUCAACUCAAAAGUGAUGAAUUUCUACUUGAAACCAGUUUCAAAAAAAAAAACACGCUGAUCUAAUAUUCAAAAACAGUUAAUAUAAUUCAAAAAAAAAACAAAAUAUUUUUGGAUCCCCUCCUACUGUGCAAAUUGUGAUCCGCUUCGCUGAUAUACUUUUAACACUAAAAUGCUAAUAUUCUUCAUUAACAACGCCAAAAGCGUUUUAAAAAACAACAAGAAUGUUUAUUCAAUAAAAUGAUGAAAAACGAGAAUUGAGGUGGAAAGUGUGCAAAAUAGCGUAAUAAUAAAAUAAUUAAAAUCUAAAAAUUUAAUCAACAAUUUAGCAACAUUUAUUGUAGCCCACGAAAAAAGAUAAACUGAAAGUACAUUCAGAGCAGACACUCCCCACCUCCCACUGAGCACAAUCGAUACUUAUGGCUUCAGUAUAAAACAGUGAAAAGUGCAUUAAAAAUAAACAAAUAUUGCUUACAAACUUACAUACGUACAUAUAUACAAAACAAAUUGGAACAAAUAAAGGCGAAGCAAACACUCCCAACCGAAAAUGGCUCGGAAAGAGCAACCGGCCGCUAAUGAUAUAGAGCAAUUUCUACGAGAUGUUCGUGAGCAUUUCCGAGCGUCUCUGGAGACUUCCGAAUAUGAGAAUACUUCUAACAUGUUUCAUAUGACUGAGGCGGAAUCAACACUUAAACUACUCAUACGCUGUGAGCUGCUACUAGCGAAUUAUGCGGGGAAGGAUGCAAAUGCGACUGCACUCAAUAAUAAUAAGUCGUCUAUUUCCGUCAAUGGAAAGAUGAAGUCAAAUGAAGUUUAUGAAGGGAUCAAUGGAGCUACAAAGGUCAACGGCCAGCCAAUGCAAACGCUCACAACGGUUGAAAGCAGUCAAUGCAAUAACAAUGCAGCAACAAAGAACACAACAAACCCAACACAGCGGCAGCUAGAGGACGUCUCCUAUUUAGAUAUGAGCGGAGGCGGCAAAAAAUCAUCCAGUUGGUAUGAUGAAUGGAACAGUGACCUGAAAAGUGAUAAAACUUUCCGCUGUUCGGCUCGUAUUAGCAAGAAAACCAGCAGCCAAGCAUACAGUGAUGAGGAUGGUGAAGAUGACAAUGAGGACGAAAGCGAAGACGACGAGGGUGAUAAUAUUUCGCAAAAUUACGAUGUUUGUCAAGUGUCUAGCCACGACCAAGACGAAAUGCAAAAGGCAAUAACACCAGAGCUCGAACCCAUGCAAUCAAGAGAUUGUCCUUACAUGGAUUUACCAGCCGGACAUUUGUCCAUCGAACACGCCACCAAAUAUGGUCAAUUGCAACGCGUAGAGAAACGUUUAUUCUUUGAUCAGUGUAAAAAAUAUUACUGCGGUGUACUCGACGGUUGGCUGCUCUGUUAUGCAGAUGGACCUACGGCAGCUCAUCCAACGAUAACUUUGUAUUUAAAACACAAUGGAAUCGAGAUCGAGCACUACGGUGAAGGCAAACGUCGGGAAGUGUGCUUCCAGAUCACCACUGCCGAUCCAAAUAAGAAAUUUCUCUUCCAAGCGAAUAGUGAAGUGGAUGCCAAAGAAUGGAUUAUAGCUGUUGAGGCGGCUAUACGUGGAGACACAACUUCUACAAACUCUACAAACACAACAAAGUGUACGAGAAAGCUGCCAACGCCACCUACGUCCAAGAAGAUGACAUUCAUGUCCCAUAAACAAGACGUGCCAAAUCAUGACUGUAUUUACGAAGAGCCCUCACCCCUAUUUCAGACAGAUAAAUCACCGAACAAACAACCCAUAUUGCCAGUAAGAAAAGAAGCCCCCACAAAGCUUGAUAUUGUGACCGAACUGGAAUAUGAUAUACCCAAGUUACCACCUCUGCCAGUAAAAUCGGCCGAUACGAGUAUAUCCGAGCCAGAGACAGCGGAGUUAUUGAAUUUAAGUGAAAAAAGCAUACUCAGCACAGAAAAACUCGAAUUUCAAUCUAUCGUUAAGGAUGUACACAGUAAGUUGUCUAGUCAGCUUUCGGCAGGUCCAACACCGGAGCGCUUGAAAAAGACACUCAUAAAGACUUACUCCGGCAGUAGUGCCAGCGAUGUAGAAGCUGUAGCACUUUCACCUUCUUCUCCGUCUAAUGUUAAGGAGAGCAAGAAGCAACGCAAAUGUGCAACCCCAAACGCCAGUCCGCAAAAGGGAAGUAACAGUAUUAUUGGCAGUCCCAACAACAAUAACAGCAAUAACGUCAGUGGCAACGGUGGUGUAGGUGUCAAAUGCUUUGAUAAAUGGUUUUUUAAUCGCACGAAUAAAACAAAUACCUCGGGUCGCAGCAUUAGCUCAACCAGUUCUACGCAGUCUUCGCCAGCCAAAUGUAAACAAAGUGAAAAGGAGAAUCUACUGCAAAGCCUGGACUCAAACGAUGUGGUGGACGGUGGUGGCGGUAUAGAGAGCCUACAUAAUAUGCAUAGCAGCAAUCCCUCCUCACCAAUUCUAAAGAAUACUUUCUGUGGAGGUAGCGCGGGUGUCGACAGCACAAUAAAAGGUAAAGUCGACCUGAUAAUCAAGGAAUUCGAGACGAGCGCACACAUGGGCAUGCUCACAAUGGAAACACUGGCUGGCAGCGCUGUUGCCUCACUUAGUUCCUUUUGCGACAAAGAUUGCAACAAUUAUGAACCCAUCAUGACAGUGACAACACCGCCAAGUAGUUUCUUGAAGAAAAUAUAGUGAGCGCCGGAGAAUGCCACACUAGAUGGCUGGUGCAAUGUGUGAUAGACACUCAAACGAUUAUUUUCUCUCUUUGUUUGUAUUUAAGUGGAUAAGCGCUGAUUCAUAAUACAUCAACUAGUGGGCAGUAAAAGUAUUCAUUACAUUUUUUUAAAGAACUGUUCUUUAUAAUAAAAGAUUUUUGUUAGUAUUAAUUAUA